AUUUUCAUCCGGGUAAUGUCUGAUGCAAUAUGGCGGAAAGACGAUGUAAGAUUUCCAGCUGAAUUACUUUCAUAACUGAUUGAAAUGUAUUCUGGGGAAAUCGCAUAUCUGAAUAGGAAACAUUCAUUACAUAUACAGUGGCUUUAUUGAUAGAAUUGAAAAUGGAGGAUAGAUACGAGCCCACAGAAGUAGAAUCACUACCUGCCAACUUGCCACCGGAGGUUGAAGAAGGAAAUAUAGAAUAUAAGUUAAAACUAGUUGACCCAAGUCCACAUAGAAUAGAACAUUUAGUAACUCAGAUGAAAUGGAGAUUAGAAGAAGGACAAGGGGAGGCAAUCUAUGAGAUAGGGGUAGAGGAUAAUGGACUGCUGGUUGGUCUGUCACCUUUAGAGCUCCGUGCCUCAGUACAUACUCUAGAACAUAUGGCUGAAAGACUAGGGGCAACAUUAACUAUACUGAGGGAACGGUGUGUGGAGGGAGAAGAUGGGGAGGAAAACAGAAGAGCAUUAGAAAUUCUUGUACGCAGAGUCCCAGAUGAUCAAAAGUUUAUCGAUAUGAGGAUGUCAGUGUUAGGUAAUGUUGAUGCUGGAAAGAGUACCCUACUAGGUGUGUUAACACAUGGAGAACUAGACAAUGGUAGGGGAAGAUCAAGAUUAAACUUAUUCCGACAUUUACACGAAAUUCAGUCUGGCAGAACUUCAUGUAUUAGUCAUGAGAUUGUUGGCUUCAAUAACUCAGGAGAGGUAGUUAACUACAGUGAAUCAAGGUCAGUAGAAGAAAUUUGUGAGAACUCAACUAAGCUGAUAACAUUGAUAGAUCUAGCAGGACAUCAUAAAUACCUGAAGACAACCAUCUUUGGUCUGACAUGUUACUCCCCUGACUUCUCAAUGCUGGUUGUUAGUGCUAACACUGGAAUGGCUGGUACUACAAAGGAACAUCUAGGAUUUGCACUAGCUUUAAAAGUUCCGGUGUUUGUUGUGAUAACAAAGAUAGACAUGUGCCGCAAGUUUGUUAUACAGAAGUGUGUAACACAGCUGGAGAAAAUACUGAAAGGUCCAGGAUGUAAGAAAAUAUCAGUCCGCAUAGAAUCUGAAGAUGAUGCUAUUACUGCUGCACAGAACUUUGAUUCUGAAAAAAUUGUGCCAAUAUUCCAAGUUUCUUCUGUAACUGGAGCUAAUUUAGAUCUGUUAUUUAAAUUCCUGAAUGUUAUACCACCAUUAAACAAAGAGAGAGACAAGCUUGUACAAGGACCCACUGAAUACCAGAUAGAUGAGGUAUUCAAUGUUACAGGUGUUGGAAAUGUUGUAAGUGGCAGACUUCAUAGUGGUUCUGUGCGUGAAUGUGAUGAUCUGAUGUUAGGACCAUGUGAUGAUGGUCACUUCCAGAAGGUGUCGGUCAAAACUGUACAUAGACAUAGGCUACCUUGUAGGUUGAUACAGGCUGGUCAGGCAUCUACUGUUGCUCUAGAAAAUGUUGAGAGGGAAAAUCUCAGAAAGGGUAUGGUGUUAGUGAGUAAAGAAUUGGUUGGAUCAUGUUUGGAGUUUGAAGCAGAUAUAUACCUCCUGUAUCAUGAUACACAGAUCUGUAAAGGCUUUCAGACCACUAUACACAUUGGAAAUGUAUGUCAGAUAGCCCAGGUUAUGACAAUUAAGGAAAAGGAUGCUGUAAAAACUAACCACAGGGCUCAGGUAAUUUUCAAGUUCAUGUACCGACCAGAGUAUGUUAGAGUGGGUAGUCGACUGCUUUUCAGACAGGGCACAACAAAAGGUGUUGGUGAAGUUAUAAAAGUGCACCCUUAUAUUGACAACCCUGCAAGGUAAAUACACGGUGAAAGUUAGCUUACAGCAGGGUGAUACAUAAUUGCAGGGAAUUUUAUACUGCCCCUUAACUGCUUGUUUCCAUAUUUAUUAUACUGAGUGGAGUUAUACCCUUAGAAAUAUAAUCAAAGAGAGAUACAGACUCAAAUUGAAAUUUUUAGCAAAUUUUGCAUGUUGUGCCAGUCUUAGGUUUAUUUUGAUAAUUUUUUUUGAAGUUUGAAAUUCUUAUAUAUAUUCUUUUAUUGUCAAUAUUUUGCAUUUUAUAACAUAUUUUCUAAUUAUAUUUAUUGAUGUGUGCUUUUGUUUUUUAGGGGUUUCUUUUUUUAAGAAAAUUAUCUUCUCAUAUUGUAACCCAUUUGUGAAUUGUUAAGUACAAAGAGAGUUGAAAGCUUUAAAAAUAAUUGUAGUUUACUAUAUUUUAUGAUAAAUGUAGGCUUAUAUACAGUUUUAAUCUUUUGAGCUUUGAAAUUAGUUCUUUUCUCCAAAUUUGCCUGUUGGUAUGUUUAGACAAAAACAUAUGUUCUGGUAUUUUAAAAGUUGUUACCAUUACACCUUUAAAUUUUUUGAUUAAGUUACUGCCAUUAGUAAUAAUCAUAAAUCACCAUGUAUCUUCAUUAAAUGUUUUAAUAAAUGAUCUCCCUUUCAUGUAAACAUUUUUAUAAAUCUCCAUAUAUGUUGAGUGACUUUGUUGUUGUAUAUCGGCAUUAUAUAGCAAAGAAGAGGGCUUUCAUAUGAUUGUGAAGUGUGGGGCUUGGUGAAGUUUUUUGUUAUUUUCUUUGUUAAUGAUUGAUUUAGAGCAAAAUAAACUAGAAAAUUGGUUUUGAUUCUAGUCUUGUAAUGCAUUAAAUGAGACAGUCAUAAUACUUCAAAUUGUUGUGAGCAAGAUUAAUUUUCUUUGAAGUUUUUUUUUUAUAUUUAAGAUUAUGAGAAUAUUUUUGUAUUUUGUCCCUGUUUUCUGUUCAUGGUGUGUUUUAGAAAUUCUACGAUAUGUUUUAGAAUUUCUUUUAAACCUUACCUGAACUUAUCUCUUAUUUGUUAAUUUUAAUUUUUAUAAUUGUGUCUAGUUUGAUAGAUCAUUUGUAAGCUUAAACCACAACUUGAGUGCUGAUUCUGAACAAAUAUAAAUUAUUUACUUUGAUUAUAAUUGUUAUUUUAAUAGUUUUAGCUAGAAAAUUACUUUUCAUUGGAAUAUUUCUGCUUGGAAUUUAAUUAUAUUCUUUGACAUUGGUGCAGUUCUUAUAAUUAAAUAUUUUAUGUUUGAAGGAAGUUUUGUUCUCAACCUUAAAACAUUUUAGUUCUUAAAUAAGUAUUUAACACAUUCCAUUUUAUUUGCUGACCUAAUUAAAAUAGAAUCUUGAAAAUUAAAUGAGCGUGUUUUAACGUUAAGUAUUUAUUGAGAGUUUACUGUAUAAUUAAGUUGUGUUGACUUUGAAAAAUAUUCAGCAUGACAUCAGUUGUAUUGUUUUCUUCCUAUUUAUUUUGUUUGUCUUAUGAUAUUUUAUUACAAUGCCUCUCUGUUGAGCUUUAUGCAAGGUACUAACUAGGUAAUAGCAAUGUUCUAGUACUGGUUUUAUGUACCACAAAAUUACGGCUUUCAAAAUCUUUAACUUUAAUGCAUUUUUUAUCUUUUUUAUUGAUCAUGUAAAAAUAUUUUUUAAAUGUUGUAACAGUAUUGUACUUGAUGAUUUUUUAUUUGUAAUAAAACUAACCAAAUUUCCACUGUAAUGUUCAAGAUAAUGGAUAAUUUUUAACUAGACCUAUUAUAAGAAAACCUUCCUUUGUUUCUAGAUUUAUUUAAGUCUUGGAAUAUGUUACUGUAUGUCUCAUCAUUAUUAUUGAAUCCAGUUAUUUGAGAAUAAAAUUUGUUGAAGUUUAA